AUGUCCAUCGACGCACAGGUGCUGAAGAGGAAGAUCAGCAGGACAUGUGACGAGGCAGCCCGUACCCUCCUCCGCAGCCUCCUCUUCUACAUCUUGGACCGUGAAGAUGGACCCCAGAAGGCAGAAGAUGGGAAGCACAGGGCCAGCUGCCCAUCUCAGUCCCAGGAAGUUGGUCGGAGGCCCACACGCUUCCAGCUUCUCCAGGCUAAAUUCAUGGGCUCUGGCCGGGAGCCCCACCUCAAAAGGACACGGGAGGUAGGCCGACUGAUCUCCAAGGACAAGCAAGGACCUGGUAGGAGCCUUGUGAGUGCCACUAUCAACAAGCUCUUAGAAAAGACCAAGGAAGGUACCAGCCAGAGGCCUCCAACUAGUGAGAAGCCCCAAUGGAGCCCCCCAAGUGGGAAGAGCACUGUGAAAAACAUCCUGAAGAAGUUCUUGGCUGCAGAAGAGAAGGAGGCUAAGGAGAAAGAAGCAUGGGAGAAGCCCCCUGCUCCGCGGCCUGGAGCUGCCAGGGGCCUUCUGCCCAAAAUUGUGGGCCGGACUUCAAUCUUCUCCAAGCUGAAAGAGAGAUUUGAACAGAGCAGCUGCCUGCGCUCAGAGGUUGGUGUGUUGCCCCUGCACAGGGAGGGACGGAAGAGUAAGACCCUACAGAAGAAGAAAGUGCAGAGGCCACAAAUACGGGUGCUCCACAUGGCCACCCUGGCCACCAGUUGUACCAGGACUCCCCCUGCUCACCUUCUGGCCUGCACAGCUGAACCCCUACCAGCCCUCAGCAUUGCCACCAUUGUCUGCGGCCCCCAGAGCUGGUUGUCCCACUGCACAAAAAUUAGUCACUUGGAGUCCAGGCGUCAGCCCAUCAGAGAACCCAGUCUGUCCUCCAACUCAGAGGACAUGGAGCCUGCAGGAAACAAAACACCAGGAGUCCUGAGCAAGGAGCAGAGAGAACAGCUAAAGUCCUUGGUGCCCCAGGCUGUGACUCAUGUAGACAGCCACGUGGCUCUGAACACAGAGUGUAUACUCCAACCAAGUUCUUCUGGCAUGUCCUGUGAAGGCAGAGUCCUCUCUGUCCAAGUACCAGCAUUGUCCCCACUUGGACUGGCCCAACCCAGAGGUGCUGGACCAGCUGAAAACGACAGAACACUGGGGCCCAAUGCACAAGAGGCGACAGACCACACCCAGGGGGUGAAAGAAGACACAAGGGAAGCCCCUGAAAUCAUCAUGACUGUGUGCAGUUCUGAGGAUGAAGCAGAAAGGACGUCCUCAGACUUAGAAAGAGAACCCUUCUUUGCCAUCCAGAGACACCUGCCAGAACAGGAAGCUGUGGCACAGAUCCCCCUUCUGGCCCCUCUAGCAGUCCAGGCUGAGCAGAGAGCACAACCUGCUAUCAAAUCUCCACAAAUAACAGUGCAGCUUCCUAUUGUUCAUGAAAUGCCAGCCCUUCCUCCCGCUCCGACCCCUCUGCAAAGUGCAGCAAGUUGUGAAGACAAGUGUUCUUGCAUUUUGAAAGGAGAGAACAUGACCGAAAAUACACAAGCUGUAUUUUCCACUGUGACUGAAGACAGGAAGAGUCACCAAGCCCCAAUGAUAAUGAAUAAAUCCUGUGGGAUGCCAAUGAGCCUUGGUCCUACUGCAGAGCACAGACUCCAGGAAGACUUAAGAGAUGCCACCAGUGUGGAUGGUGAUGGCCCACAAAUGUUUCUAAUACCAAUGCCUUCAAAAAAUGUUACUGGCGGAAAGGAGAAAAAACACAGCGUUGAGAAUGCCCAUGAUCUCAGGUAUUGCAGUGGUGUUUCUAGACAGAGUGUCACUGACCUCAACUGGGAAAAACACCCAUUGCCAGAGUCAAAUGAAGCACCUACAGCUAACUAUGGCACCUCAAGUUAUUCCACUGCUGUGGAAAGCCAUUCAGAAAUAGGUACAUGUUCUGCUGCUGGCCCACAGCAAGAAGUACCCACUACUGGGCUGAUGCCAUCCCAGGUCUACAUAAGGCCUGAGAGUUCUAUCACAACAGGCAAGAGCAUCCAAUUUGUGCAGGAGGAGUGCAAAAGGCCCCUGAACAAGUCAUCUCCACCCCUGAGGGAUCCUCAGGAAAACAUCAGCUAUGAUUCGGGCAAUAACAGUCAGUCAUCAUUAGAUAAACAGCCUAGGACAAGUAUCAAAGCCUCUGGGGAGGCGACCAUUAUAGGAAAUGUCACCAGUCUCACAGUACCACAGCCAAGUGGUGCCCAGAACCCUGAACACAAGUUAACACUAUGGCCAGCUGGUGCCCAGGACACAGAAAACAGGAUAACACCAUCUGAAAACAAGACAAUGCCACAGCCAAAUGGUACCCAGCACACUGAUCACAGGAUAAUGCCACAGGCAGCUGGUGCCCCAGAUGCUGAGCACAAGAAAAGGCCACAAGCAGGUGGUGCCCAAGAUGCUAAACACAAGAUAAUGUCAUGGCCAACUGGUGCCCAGAACAAUGAACACACGGUGACAUCACAACUACAUGGUGCUCAGGGUGCUGAACCCAAGAUAACACAUCUAGGUAGUGCCCAGGACUCCAAUCACAAGCUAGCACUAUGGGCAGGUGGUGCCCAAGCUGCUGAACACAAGACAACACCACAGUCAGAUAGUUCCCAGGACAAUAAACACAAGAAAACACUAUGGCCAGUUUGUACCCAGAAUGAUGAGUGCGAGAUAAUGCCAUGGGCAGUUGAUGCCCAGAGUACUAAACAUAAGACGACACCACAGCCAGGUAGUGCCCAAGACACUGAAUACAAGGUCACACCAUGGGCAGGUGGUGCCCAACACCCUGGACACAGCACGCCACCACAGUCGGGUGGUUCCUUGAACACUAAAUAUAAGAUAAUGUCACAAGCAGGUGAUGCUCAAGACAUUGAACACAAGAUAACACCACGGGUGGGUGAUGCCGAGGAUGCCGAACAGAUAACACCGUGGUUAUAUGGUAAUCAAAACACUGAAAACAAGACAACACCAUGGUCAGGCAGUGUUCUGGACUCUAAAGACAAGAUAACACAAGAACCCAGCAGCCAUUCUUUCUUGGCACCAAGCAGGUUCUCACAGCACAAGAGUGGAGCCGUUGAAGGAAGCAUCACAGCGGGCAUGGUGCAGAGUCAGCGCCCAGAGUCGGCAGCACCAACUGUUCAGCCAGGGGAAACUGCGGAUUCCUUCCUGGUGCCUGCUGAGUCCCACCUAUGUGUUUCCAGUGAGCCAGCAGUGAGCAAACCCGGCCAAAGGGCAGCAAACAUAAACAGACCCAUGGAAGGAGGCCCUCUAUGCAGCAGUACAGCAUUCCCAAGUCCACAGAAGAACCCAGGAGGGUGCCUCGCCCAGGCACCGCUGCCCCCUGUGGGCCAACAUGCACUGGAAGGAAAAUGUCCUGAGAGAGAGCAACACCUUCUUCCUGGCGCAACACACUCCACCAUGCAGCCUACAGGGUCAGCCAUGAGGGCAGAGACCAGGCAUGUGGAGAGAGCCCAAGAUCAAAAGCUUCUUUCCCCGACACAGCAGGCAGAGCAUAGGGUUGUCCCCCAGGCAAAAAGCCUGGGGAGUAAAGCCAAAGAAAGUCUACCAACACAGGUGGAUGUAGGGAAGCCACAGAGUCACCUUGGGUCAGAGGAAAUUGGCAUGGGGCAUUUAAGGUUAUACCAGGCUGGAGGACCAGAUGCUUCUGCAUCUGCACAGAAGGCUGUGCUGUGUGUGACAGAGCCUCAGGUAUGGGCUUCUCAGGACCUGGUAGUGAACAGUAAGAUGCCAGUGGAGAAAACCCCCCACCAGCACAGGGUCAGGGGCCAGGAGCAUCCACUGAGGCCACUGGGGAGACAGGAAGGGAGCCCAACUCAAGGACACAGCCCCCAGGCUGGCAAGAACCCAGCUACCCCAGGGAGCCCUGGAAAGCCUGGUGGCCUGGCUGUACAGGGACAGACCCAGGGUCAUGGACAGGCCAGCCACUCAGUGCCUCAGGCCUGGGGACAACCUGACAGCCUAGCUAAAGGAGCACCCACUGCUGGUACAAGUGGGGAACCUCUAAGUCAAGGCCCCAGAGUCAACAGCCAAGGAAGCCCAAGCACCCAGCACCUGCCCCAAGAAAGUCAGUCCCUGGCUGGCAGCAGUACCACAACCUGCUCUCUGGAGACAGCAGAUGGCUCUCCCCAGCUCACAUCCCAUGCUGGGGGCCACCCACCCUCCCAACCCUUUGCCCAAGAUGGGUUCCCAAAUUCCCCUGAGGCAAAAAAGGACCUGUCAGAUGGCAGGCAUCGCAGGUCGGUGCACUUUGCAAAGUAUCAUGCCCAAAGUUUCAGUGACCAGAGAGCCUUUGAUCUGUCCUUCAGACCCACAGUUCUCAGGGCCAGCGACACCUUUGAGCCCCCAAAGUGA